UUGGAGUAUAAUAGAGGCGCGGAUAAUAAGUCCGCAGCGUUGAACACGUUAUCCUCCAGAGCCAGGAUAGCGGAAAGGAUAAUCCUGGAUCGGUUAUUGAUAAAAAAGACACGGCUUAAAAGGAAGAGGAAAUAGUUUGCUCCAAGAGCUAAUCUGGGAUAGAAUUGUAAAUAAAUGUAAUCGAUCUGGCGAUCGAUGAAACUCUCGUAAUUGUUGGAAUUGGCUCGUGAAAUGACACCUGUGCGAGCGUAGCCGUUUAUACGUGAAUACGAUUGAUGAGCGCACCUCGAUCCCGAUGAUCAGGGAACGCGUGCAGAUCGAUCGUCACAUGAAAACGUGCGCACCGUGCGCGUGCCGGCUUCGCGAGAGUGCCGGCGCGCCGGUGCACGAGCGGGCAAACUGAAUUUAACGUUAUGGUAACGUGAAUCGAUCGUGGGACACCCUCCACCCUCGCCCAUCACGAUUUCCCGUGUCCGUGCAUGCACGUACAACGUGCCGUACCGUGAAACCAGCGCGAAAAAGGCGAAGAGGUAAUUGAACUAUCGGCCCUUGAGUUCCCAAUCGGGGGUUGGAAUUUCCAGCUAAAUUGCCAUUGGAGAAACUCUGUCAACUUUCCAGCCGAGAUAAUAUCUUUUACAAGCGGACUCGAAAUUUCUCGUGCACUCGAUUCACUGGACGAAGAUCCAUCCAAAGACGAAAAGGGGGUGGGAAUAUAUCGCAUACACGACUGCACGUUUGCUUUGACCCGGAAAAAUCUUUGCGACGAGCACGUGUUAAUACGUCGCUCGUUUUCGAAGUGAUCAAUCAGCCCGAAGAGUCUCCGCGGGGAACGUCGAUCAAAACGAGCUAUUAGUAGAUUAAUGUCUAUUCUAUUUAUGGUUAACGAGCGACCCUUAAUGCCGAUGAUUAGAAGGAUGAAUAGACAGGACGACGAUCGAGUAAAGUAGAUCGUGAUCUCUUGAAUUCUAUUCGAAUCUGUCCAAUUUCGGAAUAAAAUCACUUUUCACGUGUCGCUAAGAGAUACCGAAGAUUUCUCGACGAAUGAUCUACUUUCAAGGAAGAUGCACGUAUGCGAUAGGAAAGAUUCCAAAUUGCAGGAUCGAGUUGGCCGGGUAUAAGAAUUCUCUCGGGUCGUUUACUCGCUGGGGGAUUGUUAGCCGGAAUAAUAGGGAGGUCAGUGUUCGCUGCAUAAAUUUUUUCGCUCUCGCGGAAACCCUAUUGAGCCUAUAUAGGGCUUGGAAAGUUCACGAAGGUGUGAAAAGGAAGGAAAAACAGAGUGAGAAGGGAACUUGGUUUGUUUGCCUAGUCGAAACGAAGCCGGUGUAUUUGUAGCAGAACCGGAAGAUUUGCUUGGUAAUGCGAUGAAAGCCGACAUCGAUGGCCCUCGUAACGAGAAUAUAGCACGUUGUUCGCGCGUUGGAAACGUCGUGGAAUCCACAGGUCGAUAAAUUCGAGAUCAACGACUUCUGGAACUUUUUUCAAACUUGAAUCGUUCUCGAUAGAAAAAAUUGAUCUAUGGGUGAAGCAUAGGUGAAUCGCGUCUGAAAUUUAACGAAACCAGGAAUUCAAAUGAUUGCCUGAAUUCUAUAAUGGAAGGGAUUCUAGAACAGUGCAGAAAGUGGAGAUAUUUUGCAUUCAGAAACAUUAAAUUAAUAAUCGACCAACAAUAAUUGAACAACGGAAGAGCAAAUAGUGAAUUUUAUCGUGCUUUUGGUCCCAUGUAAAAAGAAUUUCCGCAUAAUUGGGAACAAGGCGCGACACGCGACGUCGAGAAAAUUUCCACGAAGGAGGGAAAACGAUGGUGUUAAUCCUUCGCUGGAAAUCAGCACGGUUGAAAGCAAUUCCAGAAGAUAAACAAGUUUAUCGGGAAGCGGCGAAUCUAUUGUCGUUCAAGUUGAUCAAACCUCGUAGUAGUUUAAUAGUUGCGAUAUCUGCUUAACGGGACAAACUUCGCUUGCAAAACUUCGCUUGAGUUGGGAAGAUUCAGUUGUGUGUAAGUUUUAUCUUUCGACGAAAAACAAGGGGACGAUAUUUCGUGGUUUUACGAUCGAUUAAAACGAAGAUGAAAUAAAACAUUCGAUACCAAAGAAAGUGAUACGUGAAGCGCGAUAAUACAAACUGGAAUAGAGACAAACAUGCAACAGACGUGCCUGAACGUGUUUUCUUAAACAAUUUAAACAAAUUAUUUUACUUUGCUACACUAGAAACGUUCAAGAGGGAAGCUACUACCAAACAAUCGCUCUGCAAAAGGGAAUUUUCCCUGUUUCUCUAUAACAUAAGUUAUAACAUAAUCUCAUAUCAUUCACGGUCAAUUGAUCCUAUUCUCUUUUUCUAUCCUCGAAUUUUAAAUCACGAAUAUAAUAGAAAAAAAAGAUGACCGAUUAAAACAAGGUUGAAUUACACGAGCCUAGUACAAGUAUUAUUUCUUGGUUCUAACAUCAGAUGAACUAAAAAGUACGAGUAGAUUUCGCGAAAGAAAUGUAUCUCACUAUAUUUCAUCGCCUGAAAGUAAUCCAGAGAAGCUUUUCGAAGCAAAUGUUGUCGAUUCGUUAAAGAAGAAGCAGAAGAGAUCGAGGGGAAGAUAAAAGGAAUCAAAGUUUGAUUGGAAACGAGCGAGCAAGGGAAAAUCGGGCGAACUGUUCCGCGAUUCGAAGUGAACAAAGUGCAUGUGGAACCGGAUGUACGGAUGUGCGUGUACAGGGGUGUGUGAUCCAACGGCAAUGACGAGUAUCGAGCACGCGUUGUCAGGACCUUGUCUAGAUGAAAAGUUGGCCACGAUAGUGGGAACUGAAUUGUCGCGUGGCUAAGUAGGCGCGGGUAUGGUGUGGAAGUAGGUUUUCCUUUCUUCCGGCUUCUGGUGGAGAAGCAGUAUACAAGUGGAAGAGGACGAUGAUGUCUAGACAAAGCAAAGACCCCGUGCAGAAGUGCCACUCGGACCCAGGUGCUGCAAGUACCGGCGGUACUCCUUGCAGCCCUGGUAAGCGAAUUUCUCGGAGACUAGUGCCCGGCAUUCCGAGCUCUUCCAACACGCGCAAGUGUGUUCUCACCUUGGAUGGGUACAGCUAUGUGAUCGUUGCAUCUCCGCCGGAUCGAAGAGCCACAAGAGACGAUAUUGCAGUGUCCUCACCCGGUGCAUCUCCGAACGUUAAUGCAACUACGAGCUGCACUGGUACAACAUCGUCUCGAUUGCACAAUCCUUCCUCGCCAGGUCGAAAUGGCCAGCUAUCGAAACAAGGUACAUUAACGAUAGUACGCCGGAGUUCUGGCAAGAAUAAGAGCAUUGGCGGAAGUUUCGAAAGUUCUCCGCCCCCGCAUAGUCCUGACACUCUUUCGUCAAGUCAAUCCGUGGAUCUCGAUGAGAUCCUUGAUAAUGUCGAUUUAACGACAGAUUCGCUUCCUGCCGUUGACACCCCUGACGCUUGCGACAAAGCUGCUCUCAGAUUGAGAUGUUUACUGAGACAGCUUCAACAUGGCGAAAUAUCAGCAGAAUUACUUCAACGAAAUUUGCACUACGCGGCACGUGUACUCGAAGCUGUCUUCCUCGAUGAAACCAAGGUGAAUUCAGGAGGGGUUGAGUGCUCUCGGUCAUCGCGUAGGGGUACGGGCCUGUCAUCUGCAUCCCUUGGGAGCGCCUUGGACUCGGAUGGACAACAGGGCCACGCGGUGGUAACCCAGAAACGGAAGCUUCGCACCCCCGUAUGGGCAAGAGAUGCCGAGCGUGUGGAGUCGACCGCUGUUUGCCGUCAGGGUAUAAGACGUAGGCGGCUGGCGGACGAGGACGAUGAACUGUCGGAGGUACAACCGGACGCGGUGCCACCGGAAGUCCGCGAGUGGCUGGCUUCGACCUUUACCAGACAACUCGCGACUACGAGGCGGAAGGCAGACGAGAAGCCAAAGUUCCGCUCUGUCGCGCACGCUAUUAGGGCGGGAAUCUUUGUCGAUCGGAUUUACAGGCGGGUCACCAACACCGCGCUCAUGCAGUUUCCUCAGGAAGUGGUUAAAGUGCUUAAGACUUUAGACGACUGGUCCUUUGACGUAUUUUCACUGAAUGAAGCCGCAAUGGGAGCACCUGUGAAAUAUCUCGGUUAUGAUCUAUUGAAUCGGUAUGGAAUGAUCCACAAAUUCAAAGUUCCCGCCACGGUAUUGGAGUGCUUUUUGGGAAGAGUCGAGGAGGGAUACUGCAGGCAUAGAAAUCCGUAUCAUAACAAUCUUCACGCAGCUGAUGUUGCACAGACUAUGCAUUACAUUUUAUGUCAAACAGGACUUAUGAAUUGGCUGACCGACCUGGAGAUUUUCGCCACGCUGGUUGCGGCGAUUAUUCACGACUACGAGCACACUGGGACCACAAACAAUUUCCACGUAAUGUCCGGCAGCGAUACAGCCCUACUCUACAACGAUCGGGCCGUUCUCGAAAAUCACCACAUCUCCGCGAGUUUCCGAAUUAUGAGAGAGGACGAGUGCAAUAUAUUGCAAAAUCUAUCGAGGGAGGAAUUCCGUGAAUUUCGUUCACUGGUGAUCGAUAUGGUGCUCGCGACCGACAUGAGCUUUCAUUUCCAACAACUGAAGAACAUGAAAAAUAUUCUUAGCUUAGCAGAGCCUAGCGUAGACAAAAGCAAGGCUGUCAGUCUGGUUCUUCAUUGUUGCGACAUCUCGCAUCCGGCCAAAAGAUGGGACCUUCAUCAUAGAUGGACAAUGCAACUGUUGGAAGAAUUUUUCCGCCAAGGGGAUAAGGAAAAGGCACUUGGAUUGCCGUUUUCUCCGCUGUGCGAUCGUAACAAUACCCUGGUGGCUGAAUCGCAAAUAGGAUUCAUCGAGUUUAUCGUCGAGCCCAGCAUGCAGGUGUGCAGCGAUAUGUUGGAGACAGUUCUCACACCGUUGAACGUAAAGGAGAGCGUGGACGAAUCGAAUAACGGAUCGGGUGGCGAAAGCAGAAGGUUUAAGAUUGGGAAACCAUGGAUUCCAUGUCUUGCGGAGAACAAGAGAAUCUGGAAGGAGCAAGCCGUUCGAGACGCUGAAGCAAGGGCGCAGAAGGAACAAGAGCAAAAGGCAAGCAGUGACAACCGUGAGGAUAGCGAUACGGCACAGCCAGCAUCUGAGGAAUGAAAAAUUCGGCGAGCCAUUAUAUUUUUCAAAAACAUAUGUAAUUUUAGGCUACGAAGAAGCUCGUGAUCUUAUACACCGAAUGAUAUCCAGUGACACGUGUAAAUGAAUCGCGAGACGGAUAAAAUAGCGACCUCUAUUGACGAUCGGGUAAACGCGCGAAAAUUCGAACGUAUAAUUAAGAAAAAUAUUCCCACGAUUAUUUAUACCGUUUGUUUAUCACUAUAUUUCACGUUUUUAUCGUUCGACCAAAUUAUCGAUGUCCUUUCUCUAUGUCGAUUACCUUUCCAAUUCUUGGAAACAUCAUCUUGAUUUUUUCUCGCGACUCAAUAUAUGCAUGGUCGACGUUCUAUUCUCAUAUCUUCGUUGAGAAAUAUUCGCGAUUUGUAAAUAUAUGCUUCAAAAUUUUUCUUAUUCUACGCUAUUAUCGAGCAAUCGAUUGAUAGAUUACUUUUUCAUUAAGCUUUGAAUUAACGCCUUGAUAUUAAUGAUAAAAUGUAGUGAUACUAGAUGG